GCUCUGCCUGGGCUGGUAGUGCAGGUGCCGCUGCGCUGGGGCCGGGGAGGCUGCGCGCCGAGCCGAGCGGAGCCGCGGAGGGAUGGGGAGCGGGCCGCCAGGGCUGCAGGAGCACUGGCGCGGGGCGUAGGCGGGCACGAGCAGGCGUGAGCAGGCGCUCGGGCGAGAAGUGUGCGGCGCAGAAGCACUUUGUGAUAGGAUGAGGCUCCUGGCUGGCGCGCGGUAGUACUAUGAUUUGGUAUGUGGCCACUUUGAUAGCAAGUGUGAUCAGCACCCGAGGUCUUGCGGCUCAAGAGUCCUCAACCCCAGGACCCAGAGAGCUCCAGAACCCAGCUUCAUUGGUAGAGGGGGGCAGCCACCCGCCCAGCAGUGUCCGACUGUUUCCCCACCCCUUUUCCUGCUGCCGAAGGCUGUAGGGCCAAAGCCUUGUGAAGGAGCCCCCUUCUGUGGACAGCCUCUACGCCCCCACCAGCUGCCCACGGCCUGCGAGAGGAACCCGAGUUUGUGACAGCAAGAGCUGGUGAGGCUGUGGUCCUGCGAUGCGACGUGAUCCACCCGGUGACAGGGCAGCCCCCACCCUAUGUCGUGGAGUGGUUCAAGUUUGGGGUGCCCAUCCCUAUCUUCAUCAAGUUUGGCUACUACCCACCCCAUGUGGACCCUGAGUAUGCAGCCGGAGGUUGGUGCCAGCUGUUGUUUUGGGGCCCUGCCAUGGGAAACGGUCUGCAGGCCGGGCGAGUCUUCAUGAUAAAGCAUCACUGCGGCUGGAGCAGGUUCGCUCUGAGGACCAGGGCUGGUACGAGUGCAAAGUGCUCAUGCUGGACCAGCAGUAUGACACCUUUCACAAUGGCAGCUGGGUCCACCUCACCAUCAACGCUCCCCCUACCUUUACAGAAACACCCCCUCAGUACAUCGAGGCCAAGGAGGGUGGCAGCAUUACCAUGACCUGCACGGCUUUUGGGAACCCCAAGCCCAUUGUCACCUGGCUCAAGGAGGGGACCCUCCUUGCUGCUAGUGGGAAAUACAGGGUGAGUGAUGGGAGUUUGACAGUAACAUCGGUCAAUCGGGAGGACAGAGGUGCCUACACCUGUCGCGCAUACAGCAUCCAGGGGGAGGCUGUCCAUACCACCCACCUGCUUGUCCAAGGGCCUCCUUUCAUAGUGUCCCCUCCUGAGAACAUCACUGUCAACAUAUCCCAAGAUGCUCUGCUUACCUGCCGGGCGGAGGCGUAUCCUGGCAACCUCACUUACACCUGGUAUUGGCAGGAUGAGAACGUCUACUUUCAAAAUGACCUGAAGCUGAGAGUUCGGAUCUUGAUUGACGGGACCCUGAUCAUCUUUCGGGUGAAGCCUGAAGAUGCGGGGAAGUACACCUGCGUCCCUAGCAACAGUCUAGGGCGUUCCCCCUCGGCCUCUGCCUACCUGACUGUGCAGUACCCAGCCCGUGUCCUCAACAUGCCCCCCAUAAUCUACGUGCCCGUGGGAAUUCAUGGCUAUAUCCGCUGCCCUGUGGACGCAGAGCCGCCGGCCACUGUGGUCAAGUGGAACAAGGAUGGCCGCCCCCUGCAGGUCGAGAAGAAUCUAGGCUGGACCUUGAUGGAGGAUGGCUCCAUUCGAAUUGAGGAGGCCACAGAGGAGGCUCUUGGCACUUAUACCUGUGUGCCUUACAACACUUUGGGGACCAUGGGUCAGUCUGCUCCUGCGCGACUUGUCCUGAAGGAUCCCCCGUAUUUUACGGUGCUACCAGGCUGGGAGUACAGGCAGGAGGCCGGCCGGGAGCUACUCAUACCCUGCGCUGCCGCAGGGGACCCCUUCCCUGUCAUCACGUGGAGAAAGGUAGGGAAACCCAGCAGAAGCAAGCACAACGCCCUGCCCAGCGGGAGUCUCCAGUUUCGAGCCCUGAGUAAGGAGGACCACGGGGAGUGGGAGUGCAUCGCCACCAAUGUGGUCACCAGCAUCACUGCCAGUACCCACCUGACUGUCAUCGGCACCAGCCCCCAUGCCCCGGGCAGUGUCCGGGUCCAGGUCUCCAUGACAACUGCCAACGUGUCCUGGGAGCCAGGCUAUGAUGGAGGAUUCGAGCAGACAUUCUCAGUUUGGUACGGACCUCUGAUGAAGCGGGCACAGUUUGGACCCCAUGACUGGCUGUCUUUGCCAGUGCCACCAGGACCCAGCUGGUUGCUAGUGGAUGCCCUGGAGCCUGAGACAGCAUACCAGUUCAGUGUCCUGGCCCAGAAUAAGCUGGGAACGAGCACCUUCAGUGAGGUGGUCACUGUGAACACUUUAGCAUUCCCCAUCACUACUCCAGAACCCCUGGUGCUGGUUACUCCACCACGGUGCCUCACAGCCAAUCGGACCCAGCAGGGUGUACUCCUGUCUUGGCUCCCACCUGCCAAUCACAGCUUUCCCAUUGACCGCUACGUCAUGGAGUUUCGUGUCGGAGAACGCUGGGAGAUGUUAGAUGAUGCAAUCCCAGGCACCGAUGGAGAAUUCUUUGCCAAGGAUCUGUCCCAAGACACCUGGUACGAGUUCCGGGUCUUGGCCGUCAUGCAGGAUCUGGUCAGCGAGCCCAGCAACAUCGCCGGCGUCUCCAGCACAGACAUCUUCCCACAGCCGGACCUGACUGAUGACGGGUUAGCUCGGCCUGUGUUGGCUGGAAUUGUAGCUACCAUCUGCUUCUUGGCAGCUGCCAUCCUGUUCAGCACCCUGGCUGCCUGCUUUGUCAACAAGCAGCGCAAGCGUAAGCUCAAGCGCAAAAAAGAUCCUCCACUCUCCAUCACUCACUGCAGGAAGAGUCUGGAGUCUCCCUUGUCCUCUGGCAAGGUGAGCCCAGAGAGCAUCCGGACGCUCCGGGCCCCAUCGGAGUCCUCUGAUGACCAGGGUCAGCCAGCAGCCAAGAGGAUGCUGAGUCCCACCCGGGAGAAGGAGCUGUCAUUGUACAAGAAGACCAAGAGAGCCAUCAGCAGCAAGAAGUACAGUGUGGCCAAGGCCGAGGCUGAGGCCGAGGCCACAACGCCCAUCGAGCUUAUCAGCAGAGGCCCGGAUGGCCGCUUUGUGAUGGGUCCCUCCGAGGUGGAGCCCUCGGUCAAGGGCAGGCGCAUCGAGGGCUUUCCCUUUGCGGAGGAGACAGACAUGUACCCUGAGUUCCGCCAGUCCGACGAGGAGAAUGACGACCCUCUCGUGCCCACAUCCGUGACUGCCCUGAAGUCCCAGCUGACCCCUCUGUCAUCCAGCCAGGAGUCCUACCUGCCACCACCAGCAUACAGCCCUCGGUUCCAGCCCCGGGGGCUGGAGGGCCCCGGUGGCCUGGAAGGUCGGCUCCAGGCUACAGGCCAAGCCAGGCCCCCUGCCCCCCGGCCCUUCCACCACGGCCAGUAUUAUGGGUACCUCAGCAGCAGCAGCCCUGGGGAGGUGGAGCCGCCACCCUUCUACAUGCCAGAAGUGGGCAGCCCCCUGAGCUCUGUCAUGUCCUCUCCACCCCUGCACACCGAGGGGCCUUUUGGCCACCCCACCAUCCCUGAGGAAAACGGAGAGAACGCUUCCAACAGCACGCUGCCCUUGACUCAGACACCUACAGGCGGCCGCUCGCCUGAGCCCUGGGGCCGGCCAGAAUUCCCCUUUGGGGGACUGGAAACCCCGGCCAUGAUGUUCCCCCACCAGCUGCACCCCUGUGAUGUAGCCGAGAGUCUGCAGCCCAAGGCCUGUCUCCCCCGAGGACUGCCCCCCAGCUCCCUCCAGGUGCCCGCGGCCUACCCGGGCAUUCUGUCUCUGGAGGCGCCAAAGGGUUGGGUAGGCAAGCCACCGGGCAGAGGCCCUGUCCCAGUGCCCACCACCGCCAAGUGGCAGGACAGACCUAUGCAACCUCUGGUGAGCCAAGGGCAGCUAAGACAUACCAGCCAAGGUAUGGGCAUACCCGUGUUGCCUUACCCUGAGCCUGCCGAGCCGGGGGGGCACGGCGGACCCAGCACGUUUGGCCUGGACACCAGGUGGUAUGAGCCACAGACCCGGCCCCGGCCCAGCCCCCGGCAGGCCAGGCGCGCCGAGCCCAGUUUACAUCAAGUGGUGCUACAGCCGUCCCGGCUCUCGCCUCUGACCCAAAGCCCCCUCAGCUCCCGCACUGGCUCCCCUGAGCUUGCCGCCAGGGCCCGGCCUCGCCCCAGCCUCCUGCAGCAGGCCGAGAUGUCAGAGAUCACCCUCCAGCCACCGGCCGCAGUCAGCUUCUCUCGCAAGUCCACACCAUCCACGGGCUCCCCAUCCCAGAGCAGCCGCAGCGGGAGUCCCAGCUACCGGCCUGCAGUGGGCUUCACCACUCUGGCCACGGGCUACCCUUCCCCUCCGCCGGGCCCUGCGGGGCCUGCGGACAACUUGGAUGUGUUUGGACAGACGCCUUCCCCUCGAAGGAUGGGGGAGGAGCUGCUCAGACCAGACCCCCCUCCCCCACAGCUACCUACUUCAGGAACCCAUCCACCUGCAUCUGGGGACGCUGCUGCACCUGAGAGGCUGGAGGCUCUGAAAUACCAACGGAUAAAAAAGCCCAAAAAGUCAUCCAAGGGCUCUUCGAAGUCAAAGAAACGAUCCGAUGGCCCUGCCUCCCAGGCUCAGCAGCUUCCAAACUCUCAGGUUCUGUGGCCCGAUGAAGCUGUCUGCCUCCGAAAGAAGAAGAGACAUUCUCGGCCUGACCCCUUUGCCCGCCUCUCAGACUUGUGCCACCGCCAGCUUCCAGAAGACCAGACGGCGAUUCUCAACAGCGUGGAUCAGGAAGACCCUGGCCAUGCCACUCUGCUGUGACAACACAACUCUAAGUGCUCCCAGAGCGAGAAUGCUGAGCUGAGGGCAAGGGAAGGGGAUGCAUGGUGAUGGGUGCUGGGGCCACGUCUUCUCCAUCAGUGGAGGCCUGGCCUGCCCAGUAGUUCUGAGGGUUGCUCAGACCUUCGUUCAGCCUGUUCUCUCUCUGGCCAGAGUGGGAGUCUCCUCCAAAUCCUGGCCAACUGGCCUUGUCUUCGGGAUACCAGGCCAGGCAGACCUUUCAGCUGUGGGUGGAGAUCAGGAAGUGAACUGGAGACAGGGAGAGAUCUGCCUCCUCCCCUCUACUCCCCUCUAUACUAGAUUGAUUUUUCUCACCUCUUCAAAGAUCUUUGGAAGUGAAGAAGAGGAAAGCAAUGGUUUUUGCUGCUCUCUGCUUCUGCUUCAGUUUUUAAAUCCUGGGAGAGGGCUGAACUUCCAUCUCACUUUCCAAACUCUACAUAUAUAUAGAUAUAGAUACAAAUGCAUAGGUAUGUAGAUCGUGGGUUUCUCUAUGUGUAUAUAUAUGUACAUCGAAACAGCAAAAUGCUGUUUAUUUCUGUGGCCAAUGAAAGAAGGAGGAAGAGGGCAGCAGACAUGUGGGGUUUGUGAGUAGGACUGGCAGGGAGCUGGCUGGGUGCCCUGAUGUCUGUCUCGGGGAUUACUCCUUUGGAAACAGGAUUCACACCUUCUCAGCUGAAUUCACCACUUUACCUUCUCCCAUCUAGAGCAGAAAUUGAGGCUUGCCAUGAUUUCCAGCUGCCUGCUUUGUGAGUUCAGCAAUGAGUUACCACAGAACUAAACAUAAGCCUUUAUUUCUUGGUUCCUGAGUGAGGAAAGGGUGGCAGGCAAAGGGUCAGACUGGCAUCUUCCUUCCACAGUUUGGCUCAGAAGUAGAAGCUGCUUAGUAGCAGGGCCAAGAGGCAGGCCCUGAUGCACAAACUCAAGCUCUUCCAUCGGUCCUUUUUGGUCCAGCCAGGGCCAGAAGCCUUGGGGCCAAAGAGCCUCCCAUUCUGGAGCCGUCUGUGCUGAGCACCAAGCUGCUGCUGCUCUAUUUAUAUCCCGCCUCUGGCUCGGCACCCUCUGGAGUGCUGUUCCAAAGCUGCUGACUCGGUUCCUCCUUUCCUUUUGUGGGAGCUAAUUUCCCAGAUUGAUUAAUUGCCACUUGUAGGGAGCCCGCCGGCAGCUCCUUUUCCAUGCUCUCCACGUGCUGUCUGCAGACUCUUCUCUGCUCUGGGCCUUCCUUCACACCCUGUGGACCCUGGCUCCAACGGGAUGAGAUCGGACAAACCUAAGGUGCCCCAGAUUUAUGGGCUCUGGGGGUGCUGUGGAUCCCCUCUCUUCCCCUGGUUCAUAUUUAAAUGGACCUGGCCAAGGCAUGGGAAUGAAGGUAGAGGGGGUGGUAAAUAGGGGCCUAGGUUCUGAGCCUUUCUCUGCCAAAAUCUUGUCCUAGUUCAAACUAUGAGCACCCAGAAGCUUCUGUGAGGUCAUCUUAAAACAACUAAAGAUGUAUCUCUCUCUUCCAAUAAGAUAAUGGUGCUGCCUAAGCACAGGGCAGAAGGCCCUGAGGGUGGAUGGGGUGCACCUGGUUUCUCUUCCCUUGUGCAGGAGCCUGCCCUUCUAGCUGCCAGAGAAUAAAGGUGGCUAUCGGAUUCCUUGAAGUAUUUCCUCCUUGGUGCUGCUGUCUUCGUGGGUUUGGGGACAUCCACCUCUCCCCAGUUAUCUGCUUACAUGUUGGCCAAGUCAAAGUACUGGAGGCAUCCGCAUGUCUCACUGCAGUUGCCAGGUGAGGCUUCUGAGAGCCAGGAAGCCACUCCUUGCUGGGAGCAUCCGUCUUAGGAAUGAGUCUUCUGCCACACAGACCCCGGUGCUUCCUUUCUGUCGACUAGCGAGUGGAGACCAAUUCCUCCCAUGGGGUUCUGCCACGCAAGUCACAGCCUCAGUUUCUUUCUGAAAGUUGUGAGUCGUGGAGAAAGAGGUGGAGAGGGGAAGUUUCUGGCCCUCGUCCUGUCGACUGCCUCAUCUCUCUGGGGCUAGGCUUGCACCCUCCUGGCUAAUGCACUUUUCUGGGCAUCCAAAUCCACUUUACCACCGGGUGGCAGCUCCAGCAAAAUGGAAGAGCAGAGGUUGGGUGACUGUCUUCUUUCCCGAGGUAGCACUACCUCUGCCACUGUACCCCAAUCAAUGACUCACUGAAUACCUCCUGGGGCAUGUGGGGCCUCAUACCGGGUCAGUCGGUAGCUUCUGUCUGUACUCUUCACGGCAUGCCAUUUCUUACACUGGCUGGAACGUGAAUGUGGGUUAUAGGUCUUCAGGAUGAAUUAGUUUAAACUUUCUAAUCCCUGUGCUGGGAAUUCUAGGCUGUUUAGGUUACAAAAGAAGUAGAGAAGAUGAGGUGGAAGGCUUUGCUUCUUUAGGAUGUCAUAAGGGCCAAGAGCCAAACUCUUGGGUGAGGUGCCUCAGACUGUGGCUGUGCUUUCCUGGAGGACCUGCCAGUGAACUAUUGCCAGUGCCAACAAAGGUGCUGACUCCUUCCUUUUUGCUUCCUUUGGCGGUGCCCCUUACCUCAGCACAUCAGACCAAAUGGUGGGAGCAGUGCUUUUUGCUGGCCACUGGGUGGCAGCUGCACUGGGCAUGCCCAAGGCUAGGGAAGGACACAAGGCCAACCUCUCUCAAUGGCCUUGGUCUCAUUUCUCCUCCCAAGAGGGCUUUCUUCUUGUGACAGUGUCUUUGAAGGUCAGCAGCCUUUCUACACCCCUGGGAACUAUUUCAGUCCUUCCUUCAAGGACUUUGGUGGAAAUUGGCAGAAUACAACCCCUUCUGUCCAUGUGAUGGAGGGUAAAGAUAUCACAGGCACAUACUUAAGUGCUGGGUGUGUGCAUGUGUGUGAGGGUGUGGUUGUGGGUGUGUGUAUGAUGGGAAUGUAGACAUUUCUAGGGACCAAAUGUCCUUUGUACUCUGCCUUUGAACAAUUGCAAUGAGCACUAUUAAGCUUCCUAGAACUUUCACACUCCUCUGUAUGGGAGAUCAAAUGUCUUCCAAACUCCCCCUUUAUGAUCUCAUAACUUUGCAGUAGAAGUAAGAAGUAACUUGGAUAAAAAUCUAUUCCUUUGUCUCAGUCUUUCGUCUGCCCCUCCAUUCUGCAUCUUGACUAGAAACUAUGGCUGUUUCAGGCUUAGGAUUUCACAGACCAGGGUCAAAUGCUUCUAGAAGGGGCUCAAGGUUGAAGACACUUAGGAGGACCUGAGACUGCAAUUAUUUGGGGAAAGAAAAUGAGCAAUAAAGAGAAGGGGAGUCCUGUGUCUUGAUUUGUUGGCUUACCACAAAUUAAGUGGGUUUCAUGACAGGAGUGAGAUCAUGCAUGUAGAUUGUCGUUUGUGGCCCUGGCUUAUUCUAUGCUGGUGAACUCUGCUACCAUAUCUCCCAGCCUAUCUCCCUUGCAGCUUUCCUUGAGAGAUGGGGGCGGUGUGUGUGUGUGUGUGAGGGGCCUUUUGAGAUUUUACUUUCUCAACAGGAAGGCUGCUUCAUCCCGCAGGGCUGGCAGGGUCUGUGGCCCCCUUUGAAGAGGGGCCUGUGUCCCAUGAUUAUGCUCCUGGGGGAAUUUCAGUCAGGGGUGGAUUGGGGUGAGAAAUUAUUAAUAGUUUUAAUAUUCUGUUUUAUUUUUGAUUCGGGAUCUAAAAUACUUGGGGUUAAACUGAUUUCAGUUAUUCUCCCAUACACUUUUCAUUCAGAGGACACUGAAGAGCGUUCAGAAAUAUCCUGACUAGGUUUCUUUUUUUGGGAGGGAGGCAAGAUUGACAAAACAAUAGUAGCUUCAGGGAAGAAACAGUCUUCACAGAGCACCAGGGCGACUUUGCCACGCCUCAGGAUUAGAAUCUGGGGCUGAAGUAUGUGUGGCUGGAGCAGUUUCUUCGGGUUUUGUUAGAAAAAGCCUUUUUGGGGGGUGGGGUGUUGGGGUGGGUUGGGGAAGAAUUGUACAUAAAGUACAUUUUAUUAUUAUGUAGAGAAACAUAAGAAAAGAAAAGCUCGUGGUUAAUCUUGGGCUUGCUUUGCUUGCAUGUAGAGGAGCUUUGGGGAGCAUUGCAGGGAUUGCUGGGGAGCAAUAGGAAGUAGUCCAAGGGUAGAGAUGGGUGGGAGCAUGGGUGGCUCCCUCUGGGAAGAGUGCACAUUCUCACCAGGCCUUCUCAGCCCAGCUCUGCCUUUCUAUCUUCUCCAAAAUAGAGGGAGGCAGGCUCAGCAGGCUGGAGGUUCAGAGCCCCAUGGGGCUGUACUUGUUGCUUUGGGGAGAGGGCCCAGGAGGCAUGUUUACAUGCAGAUCAAGAAUGAAUAAGGUAAUUGAUGGGCUGGGUAUUUCAGGAAGGGGAGUUAGGGAGCUGGGGCAAGAGAGGUCAAGUUUUUUUCCCUGGUUUCUAUGAGGCUGGAAGGUUAGGUCAGCCAAGAGUUGAAAGUGGGGAUCCUGGUAUAAGACAGUGAGACCAAAGCCAGGGGACAUCAAGACUUACCUUUUUCUUUGGGGCACAUGACAACUUAGUUAUACCUAAGGGUGAAGUGUACAGGUUGGAGGUUGUCCCAAGAAAAGGAAGAGAAGUGACUAUACUGGGUGGGGACAGUCUGGAAAGGGGUAGCAGUGAAGAUCAUUUUGGGGGCAGUUGUGGGAGGCUAAUGUUUUUAUUGCAUAAAGACUAUGGGGGUUGGGGUCUUGGCGCAUAGGCCCAGACUGGAUCUUCAAGAGGUCUUGCUACUUAGCUAGACUUUUUUACUUCUUCUAGAAUUAGCCUAUUAACACUAAGUGCCCAAACCAAACAUGGACAUAUUUUUUGUGAUGUCUUUCAGCUUUAUCUAUUUGUUACUGGAGACUCCUCAAGCCCAAAGCUAGGAUAGUUGUCUUGAGAUUCCAAGGCUGUCACCAGCUCUGUGUCAAUGAAGAAGGAAGAAUCAUUCUUGUGAGCUUCCCGUGCUUGUUCUCAUAAACAGAAGUGGCAGGUGGCCUUUUCCUCCUCUUCCAUGAUCUAAAACUGUUCCUGAGACAUUGUUGCUGGUGAUGGAGAGGAAGGAUUGGGGCUUGGCUUUUGCAUUCAUUACCUUUUCUUCUUGAGGCACAGAGGCUGCCUUCAGACUAUGAAGCUACACCUAGAUGUUUGUUCUCAGUUUCUCUUCCUUUGAUAGGUUAAGGUCACUAGUCUGGUUAACAUAGGAGGGGAAAAAGAUUCACCCUGAGAUCAGACCAGCUAUGCCUCUGUCCUCUUUGAUGUCUCCAACGCUGUCUCCUUUCGGAUCAGGAGGCAGAAUUAAAAAUCUCUUCUUUAGAAGAAGUCAAUAAACCAAGGAUCAAAGCCCAGAUUGGACUUUAGCCUCUUAGCAUCUUGGUGUUUGGUUACAGUUGUCCAUUUCCAUCUCUCCUUCUGACUGGUAGUGAGGCCACACUGGUCCAGUGUUUUAUUUCCGGGCUCCCACGUCUAUACUUUCAAAUAAAUCUUUCAUGAGCAAAUACGAUAUCCCCUCCAGAUGUUUUGUGUAUUGGGUUGCUAAGAUAGAAGUGUUUUCACGAUCUCAUUUUAAGGUGAUAGAAAAAUUCCCAAUAGAUUGAAUCUGAUCCAAAGAUACCCUCAUGCCCCAAAGGUUUCUGUCUAGGAUCAGGAACAAUUAAGCAUUAGUACAAAUACCAUUAAUGGCUGGCCAUGCCUUAUAGAAGUAUAAAUCAGAGUAUCUUGUUUGCUAAAUAUUUUGGUAGAACAGCAACCAGCAGUUGAAAUCACUUGGAUUUUCUCUUCUGUGGUGGGUCCAUAGUAGUAAUUAGGGUUUCUGAAGAGGGCUGAUGACAUAGUUAUCAGCUUUAUUCCACUGGCUGGGAGAGUUAGACUGGGGAGUUAAGAGUGGUACAAAUUCAGUUCCUGUCCCUGGUCGUGUGGCUCUCUGUCUUUCCCACCCCACUACUAGAUGGUGACAUGAAUGGCUGUCUGAGUCUGUUAUUAUUUUGAGUCUUGAAGAAAUGUGCUCCACCUUUCCCUGGCACUGGGUUUCUUGGAUUUAUUUUAGGAACUAGGGAAUGCUCUUCUCCUUCACCCCACAAUUAAGUUCCCAUUCCUUCUUUACCCCACUUCUUCAUGGCUCCAGGGAUUUUGAACUUGCGCAUGGUUUACAAUGGGGAGGUGAUUGGGUGGGGCAGGGAAUCUGGGAAGGGAGAAAGACUGGGCUGGGGAGGGAGGGAUUUGCGUUUUCAGCCUUAGAAAUACCACGAGCAUGCUUUUGGGCCAUGUGUGGGGUUUCACAUGUGUAGAUGGAAGGGGCACAUGCCAACUUUCCUCAUAUUGGUGAUAAGGGAUUAGAGCCUUUUUGCUUCUUUUGGCUUAGGGCAUCUAUGAAACCUUGUUUCCAAAGGAGGGGAAUAGACCUCCUCGUGGUCAUGUUGCAAUUCUUGGAAGGGAAAUUGUCAGUCACUCUAUCAACAAAUAUUUAUAUUGCCUACUGCGAAUAAUCAGAGGUCUGUCAUGAGUAGAUGAUGUCCUGGCUGGAGAGAGAAAUAGGAUUGUCUCACCUGUCCCUCUGCAGUUAUCAGGUUCUCAAUCUGGUCUCUAACCUCCAGUCAGCUAUCUAUUCCAUGUUUCUUUCCUGGGCUCAGGAAGUAAGAAUAUGUGUGUGAGAGUGUGUGGUGAUGUGUGUGUGUGGUGUGUGUGUGGCAGUGUGUGUGUGGUGUGUUGUGGUAUAUGAAGUGUGGUGUGUAUGUGUGUUGGUGGUGUGUAGGUUGUGUGUGUGUCGUGUGGUAUGUGGGUGUUUGUUGGACGGUAUGUGUUUGUGGCGUGGUAUGUGUUUGUGAGGUAUGUGUGUGUGUAAGAUUUGUAGGGACACACUAAUUUGCCUGAGGAGCAUCAGGCCUCUUUUUAGUUGACUCUUUCUCUGCUAGGCAACUUCUGUUUUGGUAGGAGGGUGAAAUUAGUAAUAUACCAUCUUUAGUGUAUUUUUUAUGGAGAUUGUAUAUAAAAUUAUAUAAAUAGAUAUAAUUUGUUCUAUUUUAAGGAGACAGGGGAACUUAUGUAAGGGGGCGGGUAGACAAAAGGAUCAGAUGCAAUAGUUGUGACUGGGAGGCUUCACGCAUGUGAGAUAUCUGGGGAGUGGGAAAUGGGAGGGCAGGAGACUAAAGCCGGGCCAGAGGAGUGGGGGCUGGUGCCCUCAGCACACACACACAUAUAUAUAUAGACAAAAAACCUAUAUAAAGUCUAUCUAGCUAGCUUAUCUAUAUAUCUAUAUAUCUAUAUGAAGUCAUAGUUUGCUUUAUUUUUGUACCUGUGCUUAGAGAUGAUGGAGCAGGACCACCUUCCCAGGCAGUCUGGGAUACUAGCUCAUGCCUUGAUACCCCUCUUUCCCCAUCCUUCCUCUAUGCCUCUUCCUUUGAAACACUCUGUUCAGAGUUGCUUGGGUAUUUCUGAUGGAAAUGUGCACAUGUGAAAAAUUUAAAAACAACAAAACAAAUAGUCUCCUUGCAGAAUGGACAAAUGAUCUGAAGGUCGUGGGGAGCUACCAGAUUGGAUAGUCUCCCAAACCAGGAUCCAUAGUAUUUCUUGUCACUGGGAGGUGACACUGUGGCUUGAAAGGUGCUUUAUAUACCGAGGAUGGACAGUUGAAUCUAUCCCCAUGUUGCUGUGGGUUGGUACUCAGUUUCUCUGAAGGAAUCUGGCUCAGCAGCAUUUGAAGAAAGUCAAGAUUACAUAGAGGUUUACAAUACCUGACCCGGUUUGUAGCACCUUGACUCAAGCACUACUGGGGGGUGUGGCAGUGAGAAGGAGGCAUCUUAAGAUAACUUUGUGAGGCUGACUGCAUGGGCUCAGGCUUAAAGAAGAAUACCCUGCUCAUUCUUGCUGCAGUUUCUUGGAACCAGUGUGAAUGUGAUAUCUAAUAUAAAUAUAUCAUAUAUGCUUUUUUCAGUUGUUAUUUUAAUUGGAAAAUAAGGUGGCAUUAGAAAUGGAAUGGUUCAGUCCUGGGGGACUGAGUGGAGGAUGAGGAGCGGGAGAAGAACUUUGGGCAUAAUGGGAAGAACUUUGGGACAGGUAGAAAUGCCUUCUGGUACCUGGCUUAGGACUUAACAGACUGAACAAUAUAUCAGAAGAAUUUGACUCAGAACUGGAGAUUUUGGAGAGUAGGAGCUCACUUGUAUCUGAGUAGGAAAUUUUGUGUACCCUGAAGUAUACCUCUCUGGGAAUUCAAGACCUCACGUAUGCGGCAAGGGCCUUGCACCUUACAGCCUCAGCAAUUGUCCCCUGGGUGCUAGCUCACUCCUCUGAUUUGUCAAGAGAUGAAAAUGAUGUGUUUGAAGCUUGUGUAGGGCCAGAUGGUGCAGGCAGCCAGGAGAGACUCAAGGCUGCAGUCUCUCUGCUCUCAUCCUGCUUCUCAACUAAAACAAAGGCAAUACUAACCCCUCCUCCCCAAUCAAAAUGUCAUGCUGUCCAAGAGCUUUUGUCUCAUGGAGUUUGAUCAUUAGAGGAACUCAGAUACCUCAGCCAUGGGAAGGGCUCUCCUAACAUUUUUGGGAUAUAUGGGAAACAUAGGGUAUGGUGGAGCUUGAGUCUGACUCCGGACCCUUCUGCCUCCACAAUGUAGACUAUGGGUCACUGUGUCCACUGAGGCACACAGUUCCCAGGGACUCAAGAACACUGAAAGAAAAAUAGGCUCUGUUCAUGCAGUACUUGGGGGACUCCAAUUCUGGAUCCAAGUGGCUGUGUGUCCGUCUUUGGAGGUGACUGAUCUUUCCUGCAGUCUUCUCAGGAGGCCAGAGGAUACAGCCAGAAGUUUCUGGUAAGAUUUUUCGGGGAGGUUAAAUAAGAGAAAAAGCAGCACAUUCUAUGUCCCUUCCUGGAUUGCAACUCCUUCCAACCCACCAAAGCCUCCACAUGAAGAGGGCUCCCUAUUACUGUGCUGUUGGCUCUUAGAGCAAUCCUCCUCUCUUUCUCCAUAUACCCUGUCCUACCUCUGGUGUACAUGCAACCAGCAGAAUAAAUCAUUUCAGCAUCACAGGUUCCUCAAAGGGUUAGUACCUCUGCUAGGUCUAGGGUUAGUUCUAAAACUCUGCUUCUUUCCACAUUAAACCCAGGGCUUAAUCCUUAGAAGCCUCAGCAGCAUUAAGGUAUGAGAUCAAGAGUCACUGACCUGCACAUUCCCAUCCCAUCCCAUCCCAGUCUUCACCCUUCAGCUGGGCUCUUCAGUUAUGUGAGAAAAGGUGAAGAUAAGAAACAUAGCCCAUAACUUGAAAUUAUGGAGCUUGGAGGGGAUGUAAUGCUUACCUCUGCCCUUUCCAUGAUCCUGGCCACAAGCUCUCAGAAAGAUGGUGAAAGGAUGGACAUUGGAGGAGAAAGGAUAGAUAGCCCAGCAAAGAUCUCCAGUUCCUCUGAAGAGCCAGUCUUUCACAAAGGCACAAAUGGAUUGAGAUCUGAUGGUACAUGGAAUAAGCAAAAUUACCUACCUUUGAACCUCUCAGUUAGUGGAUAGGUUGGUGGGAUGAGUGCUUUGAUUAAGCCUUUGAGGUCCACAGCCACUUCUAGUAGGAACAUGAGCUGUUCCAUAUGCCUGUGCCAUACUCUCUUGUUCUCAUAUAGUGGAGGGAUAUUGAGUUUGAGUGCUUUUCCAUUUUGGCAGGUGGUAGAGGACUCUAUAAAGUUGUUUUAAUUUUGCUUUCUCUGUCUGCUAAAUGGAACGAGGGUUUGGAGUAGACAGAUCCACUGGGAAUUGCUCACCCAAGGAUAAUUAUAGGCCCUAUUCUUUUCCCAUUUACAUCGACCAAUAGCUUGGGGAAGAGGGAUUUGUCCAUUGCUCUUUGGCUUUUUGCUAGGCCCUUCCACUCCUCUUUGCUCUAGAUGUUCAGGUUGAGCCACCAUGGGCAAUAUAAAAGUAGGAGGUGGAGGAAGAGGAGAUGCUACACAGCAAACUUCCUGUUCGUAAAGGAUUGGCCAUGAUAUUGGAGUGUGAAGGGUCUCUCCUGUUGUUUAGUAAACUAUGGUGCCCAGGGACUGGGAGGGGAUGUGUUGUAGAAUGAUCUAGUAUGUUGCUGGAACUUUAGACUGAGGUGUCACAAGGGGGAAUGGUUGGUUUAGGAGAGAAUAGCAGCUUAAAGCUCCAUUACCAAGUCAUCAAUCUCAAAAAGCUCCAUUUACCAGUACAUCAAUCUCAGAAAGUCUUAAUGUCUCUUUGGAUUUAAUUUCUUCACUACCAUCUGUGGGGCCAGAGGUUGAGGGCAUGGAUGGGGUGUGCUUUCACCAGGUGCUUGUGUUUUUUCACAGCCCGACUUGAAGGGACCAUAUCCUGCAUCAUGUCAGUGACUCUUGGUUCCUUUUAUCUUCAACUUUUCCUCUUUCACCAGGAGAAAUUUAUCAUCCUGGAUAUAAUUCUUCCAUCACAUACCUGGAGGCAAUUCUGUGUGAAUUGCUUUUCCCCAUUUCACCCAGUGGUCUGUAGACAUACAGAAGCGGGUGACUAGGCAGUGUGGGUGGGGAGGGGCUUCUGAUGCUACCUCUCCAAGACCUCUUAAAAACUCCAUACCUCUAGAUGCCCAGUAGCUUCUUGUAUUAGUUCUUCCUUUCUAAUGAGUCUGGAUAUGACUAUUAGUUUCGUCAUGGGAGUUGUUGCUCUCAUUUCGAACUCUUUUAUUUCCUCCUUCAACUUUCUUUGGGGGUUACCCUCCAUCCAUGCCAGGUCUUCUGAAGACUAUUCAAACCUCGUUUCCAUUUCUUGAAUGUCAAGUAUUACAACAUAACUGCGCUAGGGUGCUUUAUGGUGCUGUUCUUGAAGAGGCCAGCUGGACUGAACCUCCUUCGUCCCACUGGUUCCUUAAAAUUUGCUGUAUUUUGUCUUUUAUUUGAUUUUUUUCCAUAGGGGUUUGGGGUGGGAGACUUAGGGGUGGUUUUUGUGUUCUCUCUCUCUCUUUUCUGUAUGUAUGGACUGGUCAAAGUCAGUUAUCAUGGGCAGCUGACUUCAUGGUAUUGGUUGGCUGAUUUUGGUUAACUAUUAAAGACAAACCAACAAAUUGUACAGCUGCACACAGAACACCUUUGAGUGUGAACUUGAAUGGCAACUAGAAGCUUACUUUUUGAACUUCAGGUAUGUAACUCAAAAGUAAAUAAAAACACUAUUUUUUCAGUAA